AUUCUAUUCGAGUAUUCUAGUUCGCAAUGUCGCUACGAAAGGUUGUUUAUCUAUUCGUCUGCUUGUCAGCCGCCCUUUUUCCAAUGAUCUUGGGUGAGGAGAAAAAGAAAAUUGUUUUGAUAUACACAACAUCCAUCCGGGCACUUGGAGAACUAAGAGAAAUCGAAAAUUCCUACAUGGAACACUUGACCAGCUAUGUAAGGUCUCUCCACAAAAAGGUGGAUACUCUAAAAAAAUACCUUUGUUCUGUGGCCCAUGUGAAUCUGGAUAGACUUGAGAGCCGCGUUCAGUACGUGGCCAAUCCUCUGAACGCGCUAGGACUGCUUCGGCGUGCCCAUGAAGACUGGCCCAAGUGGUUGUCCUACAUCAAAGAUCAGGAAGAUGUCGAGAAAAUGGAUAAACUUGUGGCACAAAUGCCUAAUGCCGUGGACAUGAAUGAAGCCCUAAUGGGUUUGGAGCGUAUCGAGCGAUUCUAUGACUUGAAGGCAUUCGAUAUGGCCAAUGGACUAGUUGCGGGACUUCAACUCGAUACCCGCAUGACCGCACCCGAGUGUCUCAUCCUAGCUGACUUCAUGUACAACCGAUCGGAAUACACUAGAGCCGCUGAGUGGUACAGACUGACAUGGAAUAACCUUCAGUUACCACUGAAUCCGGUUGCCCGAGAAUUCUACCGCCCCAAUCAAGAGGAAGUUCGAAAAAGGUUUCUCAUUAGCAGACUGCAUGAGGGCUCCAUCGACCAUAUAAAUGAGUAUCUGGCGGAACUGUCGCAGGAUCCUGCAAUCCCUUUGGUAUAUCUAAAGCCAAAGCCCGCAGCGACUCUCAUUGAACGGGGUUGCAGGGGCGAUUUUCCGCCACGUCCAAUGUUGGUCUGUCGCUACAAUCACACCACAACUCCAUUCCUGCGCCUGGCACCGCUCAAGGAGGAGGAAGUCAGUCGGGAUCCACUCAUAUGGUUAUAUCACGACGUCCUAUACGACAGCGAGUUCGAACAAUUGACAGUCAACCUGACCAGAGCGGAGAUGGUGCAGGGCUACACGGAUAACUACACCACGACAGAGAAAGAGCGAAUUUUCUAUGUCAAUAUAUUUGAGGGUAGCGGCGAGAAGUUGGACAGGGAUCUGGUGAACCGCAUGGCGGACAUUUCGGGUCUGCUUACGGGAGAACACACACAACUGGGAACAGUCAACUAUGGCCUGGGUAGUCAUUUCCCGGAGCACGGGGACUACUCAGACAUCAAGGCCAAUCCGGAACUCGUUGAAGAGGGCGACCGUUUAGUCACCUUUCUGUUCUAUAUGACCGAUGUCCCGCUGGGAGGUGCCACCAUAUUUCCGAAAAUAAAUCUCACCAUCCAGCCGAAGAAAGGAUCCGCCCUGUUCUGGUACAACAUCCACAACGAUUGGGAGCCGCAUGUGCUAACACGGCACGCAGUGUGUCCCACGAUCGAAGGCAACAGAUGGAUCUUAACCAAGAGUUUGAUGGCCUAUGAUCAGAUGUUUGUCAAACUCUGCUACAAGUAGAUCCUCCCCUUUUCUUCAUACAUUGGGUAUAAAAUGGCCUUUUAUUUAAAAAUAUCUUACAGUCUAUGGCUAAAUACACACACAUUUACCUUCUUAAAA